AUGGCCUGCAAGCCAGCUGCCUGGUUACAGUACGCCGUAGAUGCGACCUUUAUAAAGUCGCCGGGCCUCUAUAGCAGAGAUGAAUAUCAUAAUCAAGAUAUGCACACAGAGAUGGAUUCGGAAAGGGGACCAGGCAAUGCGCCAGGCGUGCCCAAGAGCGACCGUGGUCUCAAAAUUGCCAUUAUUGCCGUGACCUUGAGCAGCAAGAUUGCUCAUAUCGCCACCGACAUCUUGACCCUUCCAUACAACCGCUUCUAUCAGCAAAACACCUUGCUACCGAUAUUAGCCAUCGCCAAAGCUGUUGAAGAUCGCGAAUCCGACGAGGAAAUUUCAGCACAACUGAAGCGAUGGCGAGAUCGAAAGUUGAGCGAAUUUCAGCUCGUUCAAGUUGCUAGCACCUUGAUUUCAGCUGCCGUCAUCGGUUGCUUUUCAUGGCCGCCUCCCGACUCAUUGCACUGGCUCAGCCCAGCAUUUUGGCACGCGAGCAUCUCCUUCUCCCUCUUCUCCAUCCUCCUCGCUGCCUCCGAGCAGUUCAUCUUUCAGACUCUUCAUCGAUCCCCGACGCCGCGUAAUGUUGACAAAGACCUCGCCAUGAUCCUUUAUAUACGUCGCAGCAGGACUGUCGAGCCCAUGCACUCGCCACUCGAGGAGGUGCCUCCCAUCCCGCAGAUCCGUGCCAUCAAGAUUAAGAAGAAGGGCGGGUGGAUCCCAAAGGAGAUGCCGUUUGUAGAGGUUCGGUGGAAUAUGAUCUUCACGUGGCAGGCGCCUAUGAUGUUAAUGGCCUACUCGGCCAUUUGCUUCCUCGGCGGAUUGACGGUCAUAAGCCAUGUCGGCUCGACAUCGGUGCCAAACCUUCCCGCCAAGGACGUCAUCGACAUUGACCUCGCCGUUGAGAACCCGACGGAUGAGGCCGCCUACGCGCCCGCACUUGAGAAGGCCGGCUUCCAGUUCCUCUUGCGCGAGCCCGAGUGGCACGAACAUCGCUUCUUCGCCAUGCACAGGCCGUUUUCCUGUAACCUACACGUCUUCAAAGUCGGGACGGCCGAGUUGGCCAGACAUCUCAUCAUGAAGGAGUGGUUGAUUGAACAUGACGAUGACAGAGAUCUGUAUGCAAAGACCAAGACGGAGGCCGCAGGCAUGAGUAAUUCGCUGGGUGAGACUGUGAUGGAAUACAAUUUUAGGAAAGAGAACGUCAUCCGUGCUAUCCUUGAACGGGCAUUCAAAGCCAAAGGAUAUCUUCCGUAG